AUGGGCCAGAAGCUCUCGGGGAGCCUCAAGUCGGUGGAGGUGCGAGAGCCGGCGCUGCGGCCGGCCAAGCGGGAGCUACAGGGAGCGGAGCCGGGGCGGCCAGCGCGGCUGGACCAGCUGUUGGACAUGCCUGCGGCGGGGCCGGCGGUGCAGCUGCGGCACGCGUGGAACCCUGAGGACCGCUCGCUCAAUGUCUUCGUCAAGGAUGACGACCGGCUCACCUUCCACCGGCACCCGGUGGCCCAGAGCACCGACGGCAUCCGCGGCAAGGUGGGCCACGCCCGGGGCCUGCACGCCUGGCAGAUCAACUGGCCGGCGCGGCAGCGUGGCACCCACGCCGUAGUGGGGGUGGCCACGGCUCGAGCCCCCCUGCACUCCGUGGGCUACACGGCACUGGUGGGCAGUGACGCGGAGUCGUGGGGCUGGGACCUGGGCCGCAGCCGCCUCUACCACGACGGCAAGAACAGGCCGGGAGUGGCCUACCCCGCCUUCCUGGGGCCCGAGGAGGCCUUCGCGCUGCCGGACUCGCUGCUCGUGGUGCUAGACAUGGACGAGGGCACGCUCAGCUUCGUGGUGGACGGCCAGUAUCUGGGCGUGGCCUUCCGCGGCCUCAAGGGCAAGAAGCUGUACCCGGUGGUGAGUGCGGUGUGGGGCCACUGCGAAGUCACCAUGCGCUACAUCAACGGCCUUGACCCUGAGCCCCUGCCGCUGAUGGACCUUUGCCGGAGAUCCAUCCGCUUGGCCCUGGGCCGCCAGCGCCUACGGGACAUCGGCUCCCUGCCCCUGCCUCAAUCUCUCAAAAACUAUCUGCAGUACCAGUGA